AUGCCUCCACCAUUUGAAGUUGAGAGCAAGGCCGUUAAUUAUUUACGCGUCAUUCCCACCAUCAACCUUCGAAAGAACCCCUAUAAACCAGACCUUGCCUUGCAGCUUGAGAAUAUCCGGAUUGAUUCCCACCUGCGCAGCUAUGAUAAAACCACUCAAUUUGGAAUCACAGAUAGGAAACAUCCAACGGAACCUCAGUUUGACCUCAAGCUGAGUGUUAUAACAAAUGAGACAGGCGAUAGGAUUUCUCCCCCAUUGUCUCCAGCUAGCGAAGACGCAGCAACUUCACCAAGCGAGAUCGCCAGUAAAAGCUACAAUGCUAAACACCAAACCGAAAUAAAAGCUUAUCUUCGGUUUAUUAAGAAAGGUCAUGAAACUAUCAAACAGCUUGAAGCUUUUCAUCAAUACCGCAAUGACAAGGGUAAACUCAUAUUAGCCCAAUUUUACAGGCUUUGUGACGCUGGCACUGUCAAACAAUUUCGUGCAGUUUACAAAUUCCGUCAAAAACGGCCACCCGAAGCAUUUUUGUGGAAACUUUAUCACAGCGUUAUUGAUGCUCUGGCUUUUCUCCACAAUGAUCAUCCGAAGUACGAGAACGAUCCUUUACACAAAGGGCGUAAAUCAAUUAUCAUGCCAUACUUAAAAGCCGGGAAUAUAUAUCUUUCAUGGCCCGAGGGCGCGUCGCCAAGUCUCGUGUAUCCGGACAUAAAGUUAGGAGACUUCGGAGAAGCAAAUUUUGUUGAUUUCGGAGGUGGAUUUUCAGAGGACAUCUCCGACAAAGCCGACCUUGAUUACAAGCAUAACCCUCCAGAAUUAACUUGGCGGAGUGCCAAAACUGAUAUCUGGCGUGCUGGCUCAAUCAUAUACUCCCUAGCUUCUCUGAAAAGAACAACCACUAAGAGAGCUAUUCCCAAAGACAAAAAAUUUGCAGAUCUCACGGAGGAACAACAGACAUUGAUUACAAUGGAUCCCAGAAGGGUCCAGUCCAUCGACCAUCUGUACAGUGGAGAAUUUGAAGCCAUGCUUCAAAGAUCCUUAGUGCUUGAUCAUAAGAAAAGGCCAUCCGCCAGAGAACUGUUACAAGAACUCCAAGGGCACUGCCUGAAUGGAUUGGAGACAUAG